AUGUCGGGAAAAGCCCUCCGAGAUCUUAACACUGUGGCAAUUCCAGGAUUAGAGAGGAAGACCGAAAGCUCCAGCAAGGGAACCUUGAUAAAAUCUCAGAACGGUCAAAUGGAAAAUUUGGAGAAUGGCCAGACUAAAAUUCAUGUUCCUAUGGUCUGUGGUAUAUUAAAUGAAGAAGUGGGAAGUAAUGGUGUAGAAACUGUGAAUGAAGUUGAAUACAUAGAAUCCGAGAACUUGACGGAGCUCACUUCUGUGGAUGAGAGUCUCAGUGUAUGAACUAGUUCGCGACCAAUUCUGUUUACUUAUUUAAUUCUUGAUGUAGGUAGAAUAUUCUCAUUAUAGAGUAUUACUAUGCAUCUCACAUGCAUUUUUUUCAGAAAAUUGUUGAAUCUCUUUAUUUUUUAAUGCAGACACUCUUAGUGAGACUAGAAUCGAAAGAUUGGGUUUUACUGUGCGAGUCCCUCAACAAUGUGAGGCAAAUAGCCAUAUAUCAUAAGGAAAAACUGCUCGACAUGUUGUAAGCAUCUUGUUCUUUAUCUCCGCUUGCUCUGAGAGCCUACACCAAUUCAAGAAAUUCCCUUGAGAAAUAUUUUUACGUUUGAUGCGGCUCAUUAUAAUUAUCACUGAGCUAAAUACACUGGCUUAAUCCACCAUAACUUUUGUUCUUCUUGAUUGACACGGUCAAACAGGGCUAGUGUGGUAGCAAUGGUAGUGAAAUCCCUCAAAAAUCCUAGGAGUGCCGUAUGCAAGACUGCAAUAAUGACAUCUGCUGAUAUCUUCAAGGUUUACUGCGACCAGAUAAUCGAUUCACUUGACCCACUGGUGAGUCUAUCUUUAGGCAAAAUGGUGUUAUUUCUACUUACUGAUAUAUGGUGGACAACAAAUUCAUCUAUUCCUGACGUGUUCGAAAUUCUCCCUUGUUUUGACUUCAGCUUUUACAGCUUCUUCUCAAAUCGUCACAAGAUAAAAAAUUUGUAUGUGAUGCGGCGGAGAGAGCACUGGUUUCAAUGACCACAUGGGUUUCUCCCUCUCAGUUACUGCCAAAGCUGCAGCCUUAUCUUAAGCACAGGAACCCUCGGAUAAGAGCAAAGGCAUCUUUGUGCUUCUGCCGCAGUGUUCCACAACUGGUAAGAAUGUAAAUUUGUUGUUCUUACCCAUGUUUCAUUAUACUAUCAACAUCACCAAUAGGGCAGCAUUCUAUCUGCUUUCAGUGCUUCAUCAAAGUCUAAUUUUUCCAUUUCGAGAUGGUUGAAGCUCCUCUGAGAACUCAACCCAGGUCUCUCCAUAUCCAUUGUUCUUUCAGUCUCAACUCAUUUCUCAGGAGAGAUUCUGUGUCUACAGUCGUGUGCUUACUUCCCUUUUAUUCCCAAAUCUGGCAUCUGUACCCUGGGGACGAUCUACAUUCCAGAUAUGGUACGGCAUCUCCGUUGACUCAGACCAUUUGAGACUUCUUGAGUAGAAUCUGAGGACUUCUUGGUUGUGUAUUCCCUUGAUGUUCCUAUUUAAGGCUGUUCAUGUUGAAAACGCUACCAUUCAUGCUGGAAAAAUCAGCCAGAUCUGUGAUAGUGGAGCCAUGAUACAUAUUUUUUUUAUUUUUUUAAAAGACUCGGUUCGACAAAGACUGUUCAACUCAAUUAAAAAGACUAUCAGGUAUAUUAUAGAAGUCCAUGCUCUUGAAUAUAUGAGGUGAAUUUUCUUAGCAUACGGAUCACAAGGGUGAAAUGAGAUGAAGUCAACGACCACGAAGAACACUAUUGGCGAAAAUCUGUAGAACACAUAAAAUAAUAUCAUAAGAUAUCACUAGGGGCCAUUUCAGUGUGUGUGAUGCAUAGAUGCAUGCAUAUCUUGUCAUCUGCCAUUGUCCUUGCCAUCUGCCAUUUUGCCCAUUCGUUUGGUACAUCGAUGUGCGAAGAACAUAAGUUGACUUUUUGAUAGACCAGUUUUUACACAUACCUGUCUCUGUAAAAAGGUUUCUCACUAACUCUUUGACUAUUUGAGAACUACUUUUAACCAUCCUACCCUCUCUCCCCUCUCCCCCCCUAUCUCUCUCUUUCUCUCUCUCUCUCUCUCUCUCUGUCGCUAUUUCUGAUCUGAAGUGAUGCAUGUCUGCUGUAGGGCGUUGAUGGGAUCAGGGACUAUGGAAUUGACAAGCUGAUCCAGGUGGCAGCUGCCCAGCUCAACGACCAGCUCCCCGAAUCAAGGGAGGCGGCGAGAAAACUGGUGGUGGAACUCCACUCGGUCUUCAUGGCGGCACCACCGCCACCGCCACCCGACGACUCAUGGGAGGGCUUCUGCCGGUCGAAGCUGUCCCCGCUCAGCGCCCAGGCCAUCCUCCGGCUCACCACCGGCGGCAACUAA